CAGAAAUUUAAUUCUAUUUCAGUUCGAAUCCAUUCCUGAUCUGUCAAUUUCACAAACUCUCUGUAUAAAGAGACGGAGAUACGCGUAUAUAUAACGAUUACUAAAUUAGUAGUAAUGUCCAGUUCAGGAAGCUUCGCAGUGUCGCGACGACAUGGGGGAGACCGAUUUUACAAUCCACCGGGGAGGCGGAGGCACCAGCUGCAGUUACAGCAGCAAGAGUUGCAGAGACAGCAACAGCAGCAGCUUACGAAGGCGGCGAAGGCUGAGGCGGCGGCUGUGGAGGCGGAGAAUCGGACUGAAUCCGUCGAUUCGAUAGCGACAUUGUCGAAAGCGUCCUCUGUUUGCUCUUCUUCGCCUCCGAACGUUACUAACAUAGAUCGUCUUAUGGAAUCGGUUACUCCUUUUGUCCAAGUUCAACACUUCUCAGAGGUGAGCGUAAGAGGAUGGAGAACUCGAGAUGCAGAGUCUCAACCUUUCUAUAGCCUUGGGGAUCUAUGGGAAUCAUUUGGAGAGUGGAGUGUGUAUGGGGUGGGAGUACCGCUAUUGUUGAAUGGGAAAGACUCAAUUAUACAAUAUUAUGUUCCAUUCCUGUCGGGUAUACAGUUGUACGUAGACCCAUUGAAGCCCCCUUUAAGGGUUAGGAGGCCUGGUGAGGAGCGUGAUGCGGAGUCUUCGAGGGAGACUAGUAGUGGUGGCAGCAGUGAUUGUGAAGUGGACAGGCGAGUCAAAUCCGGUGUGGAUGGGUCGUGGAGUCAGCACAACCUUGUGAACUUGAAUUCACAACAAUUGAACAGACUCUCAUUGAGAGACAAAUCUCAAAUGAGCUCAUCUAGUGAUGAAGCUGAAAUUUGCAAUUCACCUGGGCUGCUGAAAUUUGAAUAUUUGGAACAAGAACAACCACAUAAUCGCAAACCACUAACUGAUAAGGUUUCAGUUCUUGCAUCUCAAUUUCCAGAGCUUAGAAUGUACAGAAGCUGUGAUCUACUGCCUGCUAGUUGGAUGUGUGUAGCUUGGUAUCCAAUAUAUAGAAUACCUAUGGGACCAACACUACGGGAUCUGGAUGCAUCUUUUUUAGCCUUCCAUUCCUUGUCAACUCAUUCCAGAUGCAAUGGUCAGCCACGGUUUCAUGGUGUGAGUGGUCGAAAGCUCCAUGGUGUUGUUGAUGCAUCUUCAAAGAUUUCUCUACCAGUAUUUGGCCUUGCUUCAUACAAGUUCAAAGGUUCAAUAUUGACUCCAAGUGGACCUUCCGAAGGGGAACAAGAGAACUCUCUUUUGCAAGCUGCUGAUGAUUGGCUUCAACAUCUGCAGGUUGUUCUCCCUGAUUAUCAAUUUUUUCGUUCUCACUACUUGCCAUGGAGAUGAUGAGGCACAAAAGUUUCUUGAUGUGCCUUCAUUUCUGUCCCUAAUGACCGUAAGUUAAAGAUACCAGUUUUGGGAUGAGAAGUGUUGAAAGCAAUCUGCCUUUGAUAAAAACUAUCCCUUCCGACCAAACAGUUUGGUUGAAUCAUUUGCAGUGUUGUUUUAUGCUUUGCCCUCCUAAUAUGUAAGGUUCCCUUAAAAUGUAUUAAGCAUUCAAGAGAUUAGGGAAAACACUUGUGGGUUUUGGCCAGGCUUGCUGACCCGAAAGGAUUGGAUGAUUCAACCAGAUUGCAGGGGAGUUGCAAAGCUCAGUUUUGGGCUGCUAUGCCCUCGUUUUCUUGUUUUGAAGCAUGGCCAUAGAAAUUCAGUCAGAGCACCGGAAUGCAGAUGGCCUCUUCCUUUUAUGUUGUGUUGGGACAGCAGAAACUGUUGUCGAUCUUUGCGGUAUGGGUAGAAUUGCUGAUUCUGUUCGGUCAGUGCUCAGAGAAGGUAACAACUUAUUGUGAUAGUGAUGAAAAAUUGAACAAUUUGUACUCUUAAUUUGCAUACCAAAGUUAUACCAGUAGAUUUCAAAACAGGUUCUCUUUGAAAAU